UAAACUGCUGCGAUAUCGCCCAUUUCAGAUGCAGUGAAGGCGAGGGAGGCAAGGAGUGCAAUGAAGGGUAUGUCGGGGGGAUGGCAGUCAAAGCUCUUUUCGCUAGCGAAGUCUCACAACCUGCUCGAGAAGGGGAAUUCGGAAGAUCAGCACUUCUACAUGCCAAUCGAGGAAGUAGCCACCAUUGAAGGUCGCGGAACAGUGGCAAGGGGUAAGAUUGCAAGCGGGGUCAUCAAAGUUGGAGACGAAGUGGCGAUAGUUGGAAUAAAGGAAACAACUACUACGACUUGCACAGGCCUGGAGAUCGAUGGAGAAGUAUUGGAUGAAGGCGAGGAGAGUGCAGGAGGGCACGUAGGUGUCCUGUUGAAGGAUACAAAGCCGAAUGAGGUGGUACAUGGGCAGGUGUUGGCCAAGCCUGGAAGCAUGACUGCUCACACCAAGUUUGAAGCUAUGGUAUACAUGCUGACUAAAGACGAAGGUGGACGUGACACGCCGAUAUCCGAAGCUGAUCGACCUAAGUUCUUUUUCCGGAACAUUGAAGUUGAAGGAGCCAUCGAACUUCCGGAGAGCGUGGACAUGGUGCAGCCAGGAGAUGACCUCAUGAUGGUAGUAACCCUGACAACCCCCAUCGCCAUGGAAAAACCUCAGAUGUUUACCAUCGUUGAAGCUGGACAGACAGUCGGUGCUGUGAUUGUGUCUAAGAUAGUGGAAUAGGCUUCAAGCUAUUUCUGAGAAUUGAGGGACAUCAGAGGACUUCCUCCGGCCGGUAGCUGCCUCGACUGCCGAGCUGUUUCAUCCCAGAAACUGUUCUAAAGUAGAGUGUCAUGUAGUAAGGUGGAUGAUGGGCUCUUUCUAUGCAGAUAUCAUAUGUAUCGUGACUUGUUCAGCCUUUAUUAUCGUGAGUUAUUCAGCCUUUAUUUCAAACUGCCCCUUCUGUGAUGAAGAAAGAAAGCAGUUUUUUUAAAGAGGCCAUCAAAUUCCACCCUUAUCUCCCAACGUUUACAGACAAAAAGA